CAAGAAGCGAAAAGAUGCCAAGAAAAAGAAGGGAUCGAAAGUUAAGGGGGCCUCCUCCCACAUGCCCAGCUCCGCAAAUCAACCCAAAAACACUGGGGAAGAGGAUUUGGGGAAUGAUCACAAUGAAACAGAUAGUGAUGGAGGGGAGGGUUGUUCCCGUGCUUCUCAAGAAGGUAAUAUCAUGGAGGUAGAAGAAGAUAGUAGUUUAUUGGUUGUGCAAUCCAGUGAGGUGUCGCCAAUUAAAGGCGAUGAGCAAUUGGGAGAGCAAGUUUAUGUUCAAGUUGAAAGCUCAUUGAAGAGCUCAAGGAGUAGUAGCAGUUCUAGUUGUGAUGAAGCUGAUGAUGACGGUGAUGGUUGUGCAAACAAAAACAAAAGCAUAGAAGCUAAUUAUCCUCCUGAUGUUGUUUUGGGUAAAGAAGUUGGUUUAGUUGAACAUUUUGAUUCCGAUGUAGGGACUGCGAUGACUAUUGAAUCUGAGCUUAUAAACAGUGUUGAAGCAAUGAAGAAGAAGUUGCGUGUAGAUAACGAUGAUGCUGUUCAAGUUGAAAGCUCAUUGAAGAGCUCAAAGAGUAGUAGCAGUUCUGGUUGUGAUGAUGAUGAUGAAGUCAACAAAAACAAAAGCAUAGUAGCUAAUUAUCCUCCUGAUGUUGGUUUAGUUAAAGAAGUUGGCUUAGUUGAACGUUGUGAUUCCGAUGUGGGGGCUGCGAUAACCAUUGAAUCUGAGCUGAUUGAUAAUGUUGAAGAAACGAAGAACUUGUGUGGAGAUAAUGAUGAUGGAGUUUCUAUGCCGGAAGUUGUGGCGGAGAAGGGAUCACCAAUAAAGGAGGGGAUUGAAGAAGCUGUCAAAGAUUCCGAUGUGGGGGCUGCGGUAACCAUUGAAUCUGAGCAUAUUAACAAUGUUGAAGAAAUGAAGAAGAACUUGUGUGUAGAUAAUGAUGAUGAUGGUGCUACUAUGUCGGAAGUUAUGGCGGAGACGGGAUCACCAAUUAAGGAGGGGAUUGAAGAAGCUGUCAAUGAUUCUGCAACUCAAGAAAAUGGUGUGCAACCAAUUCCACCACCACAUGAUCAUAUUUCCAGCAUUAUAAGCAAUGGGGCUGAUCCGUUCAAAAAGUCUGAUGUUCUUCACUUCUCUGAUACUCAGCUUCUGGUAGUGGGUUCAGGUGUACAACCACGGGAGAGAACAUCAUGGAAGACUUGCUGUGGACUGUUUGAGCUAUUCACAGGAUCCAAUAGAUAAGUUCAGGUUGGAGUAAUAGUCUAUGUUCAUUAAAACAUCAUUCCAAGCUAUUCAAAGUUCCAGGGUUAAACACAAAACUCAUAUGCAACUGUGUCUAUGCAUCUUAUAUUAUGUUGCAGACAUCAUGAAAUAAAAAAAAAGGCAGAAAGCUUGGAUACAAAGACACUUUGAACUUGUAAUUUAAGUUCAAAUGAAACAUCAGAAAUAUAUGAUGUUUUGUCCUUCCCUGUCCUACCCUGGCUUUACAUUUCAUAACUUGUAUUUUGUCACGAAACAUCCGAAGUUUCUGUUGAAUUUCUAUUAAAAGAGAUUGCGAUGACAUUUGUGACAUAAUCAUCAUCACCAUCAUUCAUUGCAGUGAUAUCUAACACUACCAAAAUGAAUGAGGAUGAAAUAGAAUGAAUGGAUAUUUAUACUACGGGGUUGUGGUAAAAUAUUGAGCCUUGACGCGUAUUGACUUUCACCAAAUUCAUAUACUUGUCUUAGAGAUCUUUCUCUAAACACUUGACACUUCUGCUCUUUUUGGACAAAUGAUACUAAUACUGGACUAUGGUAAAAAUGGUAAAUCUUUGUGAUGCAGGUGGAGUGGAGAGUGCUAAUCAUGCAUGCUUUACUUACAUGUACCAGCCAAAAUAAGAUAGCAGGAAAGAGAUGAUUAUACAAACUUUUUUUACGUAAAAAAUGCAACCUUGUAGACUUUCCUAAAUUGGAAAUGUAACAUUGAACUAGUCUCUUCUGUGUUAAUUUUCAUGCUUUUCUGUAUUUGUUUUCAUUAUCUCCAUGAUAGUUCAUUUGAUCACAAACGUCAUAAUAAUUGUUCACGACUUGAUGAUAAAUUCAGGUAAAACAAGUUAUUUGAUUAUAAAAUUUGGGCUAUUUUUAACGUAUCCUUCGUUUAAAAAUAAUCACUUAAG